UAUACAUCACCCCGGUCGUCCCAGUCAAAUACAACAUGGGAUCCCGACUACACGUUCAAGAGAUCAAAAAAGGCCCCCCACUUCCCUACAAAGAUGAUAUCAGAGCUUUCACACGAGAGUACGCUGAGUCUCUUGACGCGCAAGAUCCUCUCCGUCAUUUCCGAGACGAAUUCAUCAUCCCAUCGAAGAAAGACCUGAAGCGGAAGACUCUGAAUGCCACUGAGAAUAUUGAGGACAACUCCGACCCCAGAAGUAUUUAUCUCUGCGGAAACUCCCUAGGUCUUCAGCCUCGGAACACCCGGAAAUACCUCGAACACUAUUUACGGACCUGGGCAAUCAAGGGCGUUACUGGCCACUUCACACCGCAUGAUGACCAGCUGCUUCCACCGUUCGUCGAUGUCGAUGAAGCCGGAGCAAAGCUUAUGGCCCCCAUUGUGGGAGCGCUCGAGAGCGAGGUGGCGGUAAUGGGCACGCUAACUGCGAAUCUGCAUUUUCUGAUGGCGAGUUUCUACCAACCCACUCAAGAGAGGUAUAAGAUCAUUAUCGAGGGCAAGGCAUUUCCCAGUGACCAUUAUGCCGUGGAAUCCCAAAUUCAGCACCACAAUCUCGACCCGAAAGAUGCUAUGGUCCUUAUCGAACCUGAAAAUCUCGAUCGUCCAAUUUUAGACACUGAGAAAAUCCUGCGGGUGAUCGAUGAACAUGCCUCGAGCACAGCUCUUAUACUCCUCUCCGGUAUACAAUUCUAUACUGGACAGUACUUUGAUAUCGAGAAGAUCACGGCCCAUGCUCAUUCCAAGGACAUCAUAAUUGGCUGGGACUGUGCCCAUGCUGCAGGCAAUGUCGACUUGAAAUUACACGAUUGGAACGUGGACUUUGCGGCCUGGUGUAACUACAAGUAUCUCAAUAGUGGCCCGGGCGGAAUAGCUGGUCUGUUCGUCCACGAGAACCAUGGACGAGUGGAUAUGACCAAGGUCGGUUCCAAGGAUGAGCCUUUUCGUCCGCGGUUGUCUGGCUGGUGGGGUGACGACAAGAAGACUCGGUUCCGAAUGGAAAACAGGUUCGUACCGCAACCAGGCGCAGCUGGAUUCCAGUUAUCGAACCCAUCUGUCUUGGAUAUGAACGCAGUGGUGGCGUCCCUCGAGAUAUUCAAUCGCACGUCAAUGGCUGAGAUCCGUAAAAAGUCUUUGGACCUCACGGGUUACUUAGAACAUCUCCUUUUGAAAUAUCCUCUCGAUGCUGCCCCGGAGGACAAGCCAUUCUCUAUCAUUACACCUUCGAACCCGGCCGAGCGAGGUGCACAGCUAAGCCUGCGCUUGGGGCCGGGUCUUCUCGACAGUGUUCUAGAAGUUUUGGAGGAGAAUGGAGUAGUGAUCGAUGAGAGAAAGCCGGACGUCAUUCGGGUUGCGCCAGCGCCUCUGUAUAACACCUAUACAGACGUGUGGCAGUUCUGCCAGAUCUUCUUCGAUGCUUGCCAAAAGGCAGUAAGAGCCCGAAAGUAAAAGUUUAGGUUUUGACGGCUUAACGUGUGUGACGUAUAAUUUCUUGGUCAUAUAUUGGAUGGGUGCAACGAUGUUUGGAUAAAAGUGCUCAGCAUCGGUGACCAUGAUCAAUGACUACGUUUACCUUGCUUUGGCUACCUGCAAUGAGAUUUCUAGAAUCAGAACAUGCUGACAUCCAAUUCUUCCAGGAUUGCAACCUGCGAAGGGCAUUGCCACGUUCUAACUUGCUCCAUGUUGUGUUGCCUUAUCUCUGAGGUAAGAAGCUGGCGCAUAUUCCCCCUUUGCCGCUGGUUAAACUUUCUUUGGCAGAAGUAAUGGCAAGCUCCCAGUUGGCCUGUGCUAGAGUUUUAGCAGAUCUCGAAAUUGCUCCAGUGACC